AUGGAAGCUAUAGUAAAGAGCGCUAUACAGCAAUUUUGUGAAGAAAAUAACAUCUUGCAGGAUUUUCAACAUGGCUUCCGGAGAGGACGUUCCUGCCUCUCAAAUCUGCUAGCUUGUCUGGAGAUGUGGACCAGGGCUCUAGAAGAGGGUUUUGAGGUCGAUGUCGUGUAUAUCGAUUUCCGCAAAGCUUUUGACACUGUCCCGCACCAACGUCUUCUUCACAAAUUGAGCGCCAUCGUCAUCCGGGGAGAUCUUCUAACCUGGAUUAGGGCGUUUCUGGUUAGUCGGAAACAACGUGUCUGUAUCGGGGAUGAUAUGUCAGAAUGGGUGAACGUGGCCAGUGGUGUACCUCAAGGCUCAGUUCUGGGACCAUUGCUCUUCGUCCUUUACGUCAACGACAGCCUUCAGGAACUCGAUUGCGUCAAAAUAAUGUUUGCAGACGAUAUUAAGCUCUGGCAAGUCAUUAAGGGUCCGAAUGAUCAGAGAUCCCUUCAAGAUAAUCUGCACCGACUGCAAGCGUGGUCGAAGAAAUGGUUUCUAGAUUUCAAUGUGGAGAAGUGUGCCGUCCUUCAUCUGCGUCCAACCAACUCUCAUUCAAAUGAGAGUCUGAGGACAUAUCACCUGAAAGAUAUAAGGCUCCCCGCACAGUCUUCACAGAAGGAUCUCGGGGUUUGGAUACAGAACAACCUGAAACCAACACUGUAG